GCUCGGCCUCAGUCAAGGCAGUGAGCGCGUCCGCCUUCGAGUUCUCCUCGGGCCCCGGAUCGGCCCCACCGCCUCCGAAGUGCGAAACGUCACCCGGGAACGAAGCGGCCCUCCGCCUCUCCGCCGCCCCCGGAUCGUAAAAAGCGUCAGGCCGCCGGCCGAGGGCGACGUCCCGCCACCACGGGCCCUGGGGGCGGAAACCCGGCUAAAAUCGAUACCCAUUACUAUGCCAUAGGGUCAGGGCGAUAACUCGGCAUCCCCUGCGUUUCUUUACACCGAGAAAGCCUUGGAAUCCUCGACAAGGCGGAUUCGGAUGAAAAUCGGAUCUAGUCUCUCGACACGAAGGAAAAUAAUGAAAAGGAUUAAAAAACGACAACAAUGUUUCAUCCUGAUUAGGUAAAUAGGAACGUGACAAGUGUCUUGUGCGCUGUUAUCACCAAAAUGGUCGAAACGUGGACGUUACUAUGGAGUGUUUUUCUUCCGUUUCGUUCCAGGAUGGGAAGGGCACGUCGCACUGUGCAAUGAGCGAGCUCCAGGCGACCGUCGAGUUCUCGGUUGAACUCUGCAAGUUCUACAAUGUCGACUUGUUCCAAAGAGGGUUCUAUCAAAUUAGGACCUAUCUCAAAGUAUCACCAAAGCUACCGGUCAAGAUCGAGGCGAGCAUACCGACUCAGAACAAAAAUAUGCCAGGUGAAUGAUUUUUUAGUGUUUCGAGAAAGACAAAUUAUUUUUUUUUUUUACUUGCAGAAAAUGAACUCGGAUUUCCGGCUUGCGUCAUCAACGGAGUCGGGAUUAGCAGGACGUUCCAGAUACUCUACAGGAACGAGGAGGUCGUCCUCGACGACACGAUCAUGUACAGGGUGCACAUACUCGUCGACAGCCACAAGAUAGAAGAAAGCUUGGAAAGGGCGGAUUUCACCCUACUUCUUGAGCUCUGGUUCACAGACCAGGCACUGAUGACGGACCAGCAGUCGAACAUCACCUGCGUCUCUAUGAGGACUCUCCAGUUGAGCUUCCUCGCAACCAAGGGACUUCACUACCAUCUGCCAGUCCUGUUCGACUAUUUCCAUCUUUCAGCAGUCACCCUCACCAUACACGGAAGCCUGGUCGCACUGCACCAGCCUUACAUCAAGUAA